ACACACACCGGAAACACUAUAUUUCGGUAGACGUGUCAGCUGAGGAAGUGUACCGGAGCUCUGAGGAGAUACACCGAGAGAGGAACGGAGGAAUUUCCCUCAGCACACACACGAGUUCUCUACAGAUCGGACUGCUGGAGAUCAGACACGCAGGACCGGCGAGAUGUUGACCAAAUUCGAGACCAAAUCGGCUCGAGUUAAAGGCCUGAGUUUCCACCCGAAGCGGCCGUGGAUCCUGGCCAGUCUGCACAACGGCAUCAUCCAGCUGUGGGAUUAUCGCAUGUGCACUCUCAUCGAUAAGUUCGACGAGCAUGAUGGUCCGGUCAGAGGGAUCGACUUCCACAAGCAGCAGCCUCUGUUUGUCUCUGGUGGAGAUGAUUACAAAAUCAAGGUGUGGAACUAUAAGCUCCGUCGCUGUCUCUUCACUCUGCUUGGACAUCUGGACUACAUCCGCACCACCUUCUUCCACCAUGAGUACCCAUGGAUCCUGAGCGCUUCAGAUGAUCAGACCAUCCGUCUGUGGAACUGGCAGUCCCGGACCUGUGUCUGUGUCCUGACCGGACAUAACCACUACGUGAUGUGUGCCCAGUUCCACCCCUCAGAGGACCUGGUGGUGUCGGCCAGUCUGGAUCAGACCGUGCGGGUGUGGGAUAUCUCUGGUUUGAGGAAGAAGAACCUUUCUCCAGGUGCCGUGGAUACAGAGGUGCGUGGCAUCACCGGCGUGGAUCUGUUCGGAGCGUCGGAUGCUGUGGUCAAACACGUGCUGGAGGGUCAUGAUCGAGGGGUGAACUGGGCAGCGUUUCAUCCCAGCAUGCCUCUGAUUGUGAGCGGAGCUGAUGACCGCCAGGUGAAGAUCUGGAGGAUGAACGAGUCGAAGGCGUGGGAGCUGGACACCUGCAGGGGUCACUACAACAACGUGUCCUGCGCCGUCUUCCACCCGCGCCAGGAGCUCAUCCUGUCCAACUCUGAGGAUAAGAGCAUCCGAGUGUGGGACAUGUCCAAGAGGACCGGUGUCCAGACCUUCCGCAGGGACCAUGACCGCUUCUGGGUGCUGGGAGCUCAUCCCAACCUCAACCUGUUCGCUGCAGGUCAUGACAGUGGGAUGUUGGUGUUUAAGUUGGAGCGUGAGCGUCCUGCCUACGCUGUUUAUGGGAACAUGCUGUACUACGUUAAAGACCGCUUCCUGCGUCAGCUCGACUUCAACAGCAGCAAGGACACAGCUGUCAUGCAGCUGCGCAGUGGCUCCAAGUUCCCCGUGUUCAGCAUGUCCUACAAUCCUGCGGAGAACGCUGUGCUGCUGUGUACCAGAGCCACUAAUCUGGAGAACAGCACAUAUGACUUGUACUCCAUACCAAGAGAGAGCGACUCGCAGAACCCUGACGCUCCAGAGGGAAAGCGCUCCUCAGGACUCACAGCGGUCUGGGUCGCCCGGAACCGCUUCGCCGUGUUGGACCGCAUGCACUCGCUCCUGAUAAAGAACCUGAAAAAUGAGAUCGUGAAGAAGGUGCAGGUGCCGAGCUGUGAGGAGAUCUUCUACGCAGGAACGGGUUCUCUGCUGCUGAGGGAUGCGGACGGAGUCACGCUGUUCGACGUGCAGCAGAAACGCUCGCUCGCUACCGUCAAAAUCGCCAAGGUCAAAUACGUGGUGUGGAGCGCGGACACCAGCCACGUCGCCCUGCUGGCCAAACACGCCAUCAUGAUCUGCAACAGGAAGUUAGAGAGUCUGUGCAACAUUCACGAGAACAUCCGCGUGAAGAGCGGCGCCUGGGACGAGAGCGGCGUGUUUAUUUACACCACCUCCAACCACAUCAAAUACGCCCUCACCUCAGGCGACCAUGGUAUCAUCCGCACCCUGGACCUGCCCAUCUACGUGACCCGUGUGAGGGGGAACAGUGUGUACUGUCUGGAUCGGGAGUGCAGACCUCGCGUCCUCAACAUCGACCCGACCGAGUACCGCUUCAAACUCGCUCUCGUUAACCGCAAAUAUGACGAGGUGUUGCACAUGGUGCGUAACGCUAAGCUGGUGGGUCAGUCCAUCAUCGCGUACCUGCAGAAGAAGGGCUACCCGGAGGUGGCGCUGCACUUCGUCAAGGACGAGAAAACCCGCUUCAGCCUGGCACUGGAGUGCGGGAACAUCGAGGUGGCGCUGGAGGCCGCGAAGGCUCUGGACGAGCGGAGCUGCUGGGAACGUCUGGGGGAGGCGGCUCUGCUGCAGGGUCAUCACCAGGUGGUGGAGAUGUGCUACCAGAGGACCAAGAACUUCGACAGGCUCACCUUCCUCUACCUGAUCACCGGGAACCUGGCCAAGCUCCGCAAGAUGAUGAAGAUCGCUGAGAUCAGGAAGGACAUGAGUGGACAUUAUCAGGGUGCUCUGUACCUGGGGGACGUCAGCGAGAGAGUACGCAUUCUCAAGAACUGUGGUCAGAAGUCUCUGGCGUACCUGACUGCAGCAACACACGGCAUGGACGAGGAGGCUGAGGCACUCAAAGAGACCUUCGACCUUGAGAAGGAGAUGAUCCCAGAGGUAGACCCGAAAGCUGAACUCCUGCAGCCUCCCCCUCCCAUCAACCCUCUGGACACAAACUGGCCCCUGCUCACCGUCUCUAAGGGCUUCUUCGAGGGCGCCAUCGCAGCUAAAGGAAGAGCAGGUCAGAUGGCGGCUGAUCUGGACAUGGACGCUCCUGGAGGAGAAGGAUGGGGUGAAGAUGCAGAGCUCCACCUGGAUGACGAUGGCUUUAUGGAUGCUCAGGAGGGUCUGGGUGAUGAAGGAGCUCUUGGGAAGGAGGAAGGAGGAGGAUGGGAGGUGGAGGAGGAUCUGGACCUUCCACCUGAACUGGACGUGCCAGCUGGUGCCGGAGGCGGUGCUGAAGGAGAAGGCUUCUUUGUCCCGCCCACUAAAGGACUUAGCCCCACCCAGAUGUGGUGUAACAACUCCCAGUUGCCUGUUGAUCACAUCCUUGCCGGAUCCUUCGAGACUGCCAUGAGGCUGCUGCACGAUCAAGUGGGCGUGGUCUGUUUCGAGCCGCUGAAGCCCCUUUUCAUGCAGGCGUACUCGCGGGGACGCGUGUCCUACGUGGGGCUUCCGUCUCUGCCCUGUCUCUUCUCCCACCCUCUGAGGGACGGGGGCACGACUGAGGGCAGGAGGCAGCGAGACGGGCAGAAGGGCGGCGUCCCUGCAGUGGGGCUGCACCUGCGUGACCUCAUCUCCCGCCUACAGCAGUGCUACCAGAUGACCACCGCGGGGCGCUUCGACGAGGCUGUGGACAAGUUCAGGAGCAUCCUGCUGUCUGUCCCUCUGCUGGUGCUGGACAACAAACAGGAGAUCGCUGAGGCCCAGCAGUUGAUAACUAUCUGUAAAGAGUACAUUGUGGGUCUCACCAUGGAGACUGAGAGGAAGAAGCUUCCUAAAGAGACCCUGGAGCAGCAGAAGAGGCAGUGUGAGAUGGCGGCGUAUUUCACACACUGUAACCUACAGCCGGUCCACAUGGUUCUGGUGUUACGCACGGCGCUCAACCUCUUCUUCAAACUGAAGAACUUUAAGACCGCAGCAGGGUUCGCUCGCCGCCUGCUGGAGCUCGGACCCAAGCCCGAGGUGGCUCAACAGACGCGUAAGAUCCUGGCGGCGUGUGAGAAGAACCUGACCGACGCCCACCAGCUCAACUACGACCCCCACAACCCCUUCGACCUGUGUGCUGCCUCCUUCACCCCCCUGUACCGGGGACGCCCCGUGGAGAAGUGCCCUCUGUCCGGGGCCUGCUACUGCCCCACAUACAAAGGGCAAGUGUGCAGGGUCACACAGGUGACGGAGAUUGGUAAAGACGUGAUCGGGCUGCGUGUGAGUCCUCUGCAGUUCCGCUGAAGGAGCAGCGUAUACACACACACACACACACACAUAUACACACACAUACACACACACACACAGUUCUAGAGGUAUAGAAAUAAAUCUAACUCUAUAUAGAUAAUCAGAACAUACAGUGUAGUGUGACUAAAGGCUGUCAGCUUCCUGCUGUUGCAUGUGUAUUGGUUCUGCUCGCUUUAUGUAGCUGUCUCUCUCACUCUCACUCUCUCUCACACACACACACACACACACACACACACACACACACACACACACACACACACACACUCCACUUCUGUGUUCAAC